UGAUCCGGAUCCGUUAUGCUGAAACUCUCAUAUGCCUAUUAAUCGAAUUCAAUAUGAAUCAAAGUCGAACAAUAGAUACUUAAAUCAAGUUUUGGGCUAAGUAUCCAACACAUAUCAAUCGAAUUUAAGAUGAAAGUAGAAAACAAAGACGAGCAUAGAUGUCAGGUGGUAGCUAAGCUUUGUAAAACCAUUUAAGAACUCAAUAUAAGGAGCAUAUUGUUGAAUAUAAAUCUUGUGGGGGAGAUAAAUGAUAAAAUACCCUCCCCGUUGGAGUUGGAAUUCUUCUUCUUCCUUCCCACUCCUUCCAUGGGAGCAUUCUUCUUCUCCAUUCUUCUCCCGUUUCUUUCAGAGAGAAGAACCAAGCCGAUAUCUUGUCCGUGAGAGAAUUCUUGUUCUCCGGCUCUCAACAUUUCCUCUCCUUCCGUUAAUUCUUUCUUUCCCCUUCCCUCCUUUUUUUGCUUUCUACCAUUCCUUGUGCCUCUUUAAUUGAUUCCGUUUUGCUUCGCUUGUUGAGGAGGCAAGCAAGAAAGGCGCACCUUUUUGCGGCACUACAGAUCCCUCCUCCGCUGACCGCAAAGCUUGCGGCUUGGGGUGAUGUGGGGAUAUGUAUUCUCCUCCUUCCGUCGCAACUCCUUCCUCCUUCCUCCCCUCCCUCCCCACGCCGAGAUUCGUAGCUCCAUUCCAUGCCAAGAUCGGUUCUUUAGGGGUGCUCCACCCGUCGAGGACUAGAAUCUGCGGAUGGAGGAGUGGGAGGAGGAAGGAGAUCGUCGUGAAAGCGAGGGAGGAGGAGGAUGCGUUUGCGAUGGCGCCAAGGAGUAUGGACGUGGAGGCCGAGAUUUACGAGUUCAUGCGGAGGUCCGCGAAGCCGAUGGACUUCCCGACCAGGGACGAGCUCGUCGCCGCCGGGAGGGCCGACUUGGCGGAGACCGUGGCUGCGCAGGGCGGCUGGCUCACCUUUGGGUGGGAUCUUGAUGAUGGCGGCGAGGAAGUAAUCGAUGGGUCGCAAUCAAUGAGUGACGUCGCUCAAGAAGAUGGUGAAGUCUAUCAAGAAAGGGUUCUUAACGGUUCUUUGGGGACUAAUCCUGCAACUGCUCUGGGUUGUGAGGAUCGUUCCGCUGCCCCAUCUUUUUCCGGGAGAUCAUUGGAGACGGAGAAUCUCGAGGAUGGUGGGGUCGAGGGGAUAUUGAGCAGGCUGGAGAAAGAGAGGAGCUUGUCUCUUGCGCUGGCUUCAAGAGGGAAAGUGGUGAAUGGUCGAGACUCAUGGAGGAAUGCUGUGCAUGAUCCAGGAUAUACAGGUGGGAAAUUGGAAGAUGUUAAUGGCACAAAAAGUUCAGUGCCAGACGUGGAGGAGUUGGAGCAUUCAAAGGUUGCUGAAACUGUUCCCACUGAUGACAGAAAGAUGUUAGAGGAUGACUCUUUAAAAGUUGAAUGGAGCAAUAUGCAUAUACAAACUCAGAACUCAUUUAUGUCUCAUAAUGGGAUGAAGGAGUCAUUUGCUGACAAAAGUCAGAGACAUUUACAUCUUCAGCACUUGGAGGCAGAUCUUAGCUCUGCACUUUGGUUAGUUAGAUCUAGAGCUAAUGGUGUUGUUUCACACAAGCACCAAGGAAACUCGAUAGAUGAGCUACAUAGACCUUCUGAUGCUUGGGAAUUCCAAGAGACUGAGAUAGUGAAUGCCCGAGAUAAGUUGCAGUCAGUUCGAGCAAAAUUGGCAGUUUUAGAAGGAAACUUGUCAUUUAAGAUCAUGGAAGCACGAAAAGUAAUGGAAGAGAGACAGAAAAGAAUUGAUGCUGCUCAAAAUGCUUUACAUCUUCUUCGUACUGCCUAUAUAGUCUGGCCUAAUUCUUCUUCAGAGGUUUUACUUGCAGGGUCUUUUGAUGGGUGGACUGGUCAGAGAAGGAUGGAAAGAUCAAGUUCCUGUAUCUUCACUUUACAGCUAAAAUUGUACCCUGGCCGGUAUGAGAUCAAGUUCAUUGUUGAUGGUGUGUGGAAAACUGAUCCACUGCACCCUAUCGUGCACAACAAUGGUCAUGAGAAUAACCUCCUUAUUGUCGAUUGAUGAUAUGCAUACCUGGUUGGGAUCUAUAUAUUGUUGCAGCCACACACGCGACUGAUUCAGUCUAAUGUUCCAGUUCAGCUUUGUUCUUCAUAUUCCGAUAGCAAACAGACAACCUGUGUGAUGUCUUCUUUCUGUAGGUGGUGCUUUUUGCACGAACGGUGAUCUGAUCAUGAUAGUUCAUCGCCCUUUGUUCCAAAGACUGAUAACUAAUGAUGAGCAUAGCUCUCAGCAAAAUCAUUUUUCUCUGUGCUUUUUGUAUGAAUUGUUGGGUAAAUUUUAGAUACUAACCAGGCUGAUCCUUACCGCUUUCCAAGCACCUCUUCCAGUCCAGAUGACAUACUAUCCAAGAACUGGGCAUUUGUUGGGAUGGUGCAAUAACCAAGAGCUUCUGUCCAGAACUGAUGGCUGAAUGCUGAAUUAGAUGGGACUUCAGUACUGGAAGAUCCCAAACCUUGUAAGCAUUUGCAUCUUAAUAUUUGCCCUUUUGAAGCUUUGGAUUAUGAAUAUUCUUUGAGAAGUAUGCAUACACAUGUUGAUAUGUACAUUCAUCAAACGUAGACAUCCAUGAAUCUAAUUUUCCUGGGAGUAAAUUCAUAAAUUUAUCUUUUACUCGGCAAAUGCGAUAACCUUACCUCGUGCAGGGUCUUAUGUGCAUUUUGCAUAGAUUUCAUCAAUAAGUUGCAUUGCUGUAAUGCCAUUCUUUUUUUGGUCUGCUGCUGCACGCUUAAUGUAGCAAAAUUUGAGAGCUUAAAUGGGAAGAAGAUUCAAGGAGUGCAACACAUCACUAGAGACUUUACCCCUGGUUUAUAUUUCCAUGACCUGUGAAGUCACAAACACAUUCCAUAUAGCAACGCCUGAUCUGUGUUCAGCUGUUUCUUUGGAAAACUUGAUGGAUAGAUGCACGUAGAAAUAUCCUGUUCUUCUCCAAGUUGCAGAUCAACCUAAGCCCAGAGACCAAGAAUGAUGAGUGGGGAUCAACCAUGGAGAAGAGAAUGGUGAGAUAAUGCUGCCAUUGGUGGUAAUUUUGCUGGUGAACUGCAUACAGAGAUCCUCCGCCGCUCUCUGAUCACACCAGGCAGCAACUGCCAUCACGAUGAUGGAAUGGAUGGACCUUUCGAGCCAUGGGACCAUGAUCAGAUCUGGGUCCUCACAGGGCAUUUUACCUGCUUGAUGCAGGGCCCAGAGGUGCCAUGAUCCAUCUGGUUCACUCUGUUCUUUUUGAGUUGCAGUUGCAGCCAUGUCAAGAGUUCUGAACCUGUGAAAACAUGAAGACCAAGUCAGGAGGUUGAAGUAAACAAAACGAUUAGAAGAGAGUUUCUCAUAAACAGUGGUAAAGCAUCAGUGGGCUCGAGCCUGUAGAUGAGAAAACACUUGAGCAACCUGGUGGAUUAAGUUACAAGAGUAGGUAGCAGGAGGAAAAGAAAAAGGAUGAUCUUGAUGGAAGAAGAUUCUGAAAAGCUAUGCAUCCACACCAUAAUUUGGUUGCAGUAAUAACGAACUGUUCAGCUGAUCAUAUGAAUUGGCAGUGGUUGCAAUGCACGAUUAGAACACAUACACAUACUGCUAUUGGUUGAGAAACAUGGCAUAGAUCCCUAUGAGUGUCACAAAGCUGGAACUUACAGAAUGGUGGUGCAGGUUGGAUCUUACCUAAACUUAUCAGUGUAGGAGAGCUCAGAGAUGAGACAGCUGAGGUUAGAUGUUUCCUCCGCUCUUUUUCUAUGUGGGUGCAAUAUGAACUUUUAAGAAUGUUCGGUCCUCAUCUCACGUGAAACAAUUGUUUACAUUAAAUGCAUGCAUCAUGUUUAACGAUGUAUUUAGUUACAACAAUAGGUAGCAGGAGGAGAAGGAAAAGGGUAAUCUUGAUGGAGGAAAAUUCUGAAAAGCUAAGCAUGCACACCAUAAUUUGGUUGCAGUAAGAAUGAACUGUUCAGCUGAUGAUAUGAAUUGGCAAUGGUUGAAUGCACGAUUGGAACACAUAUACACAUACUGCUAUUAGUUCAUAAAGAUGGCAUAGUUUCUUAUGUGUAACAAAGCUGAAACUUACAGAAUGGUGAUGCAGGUUGGAUCUUACCUGAACUGAUCAGUGUCGGAGAGCUCAGAGAUGAGAGAGCUGAGCAGCAGCUAGGAGAAUGGAACAAGAGCAUAAACCCUAGAACAAGUUUGCCUAGAAGGAAGAAGGGAAAGGAAGGGAAUGAAGAGCUCCCAUCAUUCUUCUGCAGGAGACAUGAAGCAUCGGUUCUCCUUCUUCUUCAGUACCGCUGCUGCUGCUGCUGGAUCGUCUCCUCGAGCUCCUUCUUGUCGGCACCGACAACUCUGCCAACCUCCUUCCCUCUCUUUACCAGCACAAAAGUCGGCACCACCUCCACGUCCCACUUCUCCGCCACCUCCUGCGGUAGAUCACCCCAACCGUAAGCUCUUCAGUUUGAAGUGGCAUAAACUGAUGGUAGUGAAGCAGAUAGAGUGGAACUCACCAUGAGCUUGUCGACGUCAAUCUUGACAAACUCGAUCUCAGUGUACCUUGCCGCCAUGGCAUUGAUCUCCGGCUCGAUGAAACGGCAUGGCCCGCAAUUGGACGACGAGAAGUCAAUCACCAUCUUGCAAUGCAACAAGUGAAGUCAUCAAGAAGAUGAAGACUGCAAAAGGAUGGGGAUUGGAUUGGUGGGUAUUAGUAUGUACCAGCUUGUUGGAUGCCAAAUGCGACUGCCAGUGCUGGUUCCAUUUUCCUUUGCUGUGGAUCGUGAUGACCAGACUGCUGCUUGUCCUGGAGAACAAAUUACCCAUUCUUCCUCUUAGCUUCAGAGAAGUGUUCUUUCCACAACAACCAAAUUGAGCUAUCUGUGUCUGAGCUAAGUCCUUCAAAUACAGUGGAGAGGCUGAUGAAAUCCAUAUGUGCUGGUAUCUGAUUCCAAGUGCAGCAGAACUUGGUGCUGGUAUCUGAUUCUUAGCUCUACGAACCGAGGAAAAAAGCAGAUGGAAUUGCCACCCUGAACAGAUGAAUUAGAUUCUGGUAGACUAUGAACAGAAGUGAUUCCAUACAUAUUGGAGGAGAUGUUCUUCUGUGUGAACUGUGCACAGGAAUCAAAACCUUGCUUUCCUCGUACAAUGAGAGUGCAACACAAACUGGUCUUGUAAUCCAUGACAUAAAGAGUGUGAAGGGAGAAACAAAUGGGGGAUUCUUAUCACAUAGGCAUAAUGGCAACACCAGGAAAAGCCACAAACAGAUUGAAAGGAGAAGAAUGACUUUAGCAUGACCUCUGGAGAAAGAUCACCAAACUAUGUGGUUGUACUCUCUACUCUCUGGUUGUGAUGAAGGAUUAAAUUGGCAGUUCAUCAUGCAACUACUCUCUUCCUCUUCCUCCUCUUCCUCUUUUGAAUGCUUGUGCAUUGCUUCCAGGAGGAUUAAACCACCACCAAGCUAGGCCUUGGUUACCAAUGUCUUCCCUCAGAGUGUUUGCAGCUUAAUCUUCCAGUUAUAAUGUGUAGUACGGAUGACUAAUUUGGAUUGGCAUCCUCAUUGUUUAUAUGUUUGUUUGGAUGAAAAAGAUACACCUGUGUUAGGUAAAAUACAUCAGAUCUCAUGAACAUGUUGAUCUCACAAGAUGGGUGUCAAAUUGUCAGAUUAGUGUUGGGCUAAACAUUUCAUGCUCCCCCAUGUUUUUUAAGUUGGAGCUUCAAGCA